AUGGAUGACGCCUCUCCGAAUGCGAUGGAGUCGCCUCUGGCUGAGCCAGCGUCCUUCCAGUCACGUCUUAGCGGCACCCUUCGCAAUCUUACAACCUAUGAUGGUUGGGUCGGAGAUUAUGACUACAAAUCAUUGUGCAUGCCUCGAAUACCAUUCUUCCGCAGCACUCGGAAGUCUCGCUCCGUUUACUUUGGAAUCAAAGAGCAUCUCCCUGUUCUCGUCGCAGCCCUUAUGGGUUUCCAACACGCACUCGCCAUGAUUGGUGGAGUGAUUGCCGUUCCGAGGAUUCUGAGUGGCGGGGGCAAUUCCAACCUUCAGCUUGAUUCAGUUGAUGCGGCGUACCUCAUUUCUACUGCUUUGGUUGUAUCUGGUUUGGCGUCAUGGAUUCAAAUUGUAAGGAUCAAGCUCGUCAAAGGCUAUUACAUUGGAACCGGACUCAUCUCUAUGUCCGGCGUGUCUUUCACGUUCCUGCCAAUCGCGCAGACCAUGUUCUCUUCAUUGCGAGCAGACGGCACUUGCCCGGAAUCAGGGCCAUGUCGGGAUGCAUACGGAAUGUGGCUCGGCACUAUCAUGGUCGGUGCUCUGCUUGAGAUUGGCUUGUCUUUCAUCCCUCUUACCUUGCUUCGGAAGGCAUUUCCUCCGCUCGUCACCGGAGUGACGGUUUUUCUUAUCGGUGCUUCCCUAAUUCCGGUCGGUUUGCGACAGUGGGCCGGCGGGACGGGACCUUGUUUCACUGUCCAGCAGAUUCAGGACCUCGGUGGCGAAGUUCCCCAGCUUUUGCUGGACACAUUUAAUGAUUGCCCCAACAACUUCGGACCUGGAGACCGCCACUAUCCAUGGGGCUCGGCAGAGUGGAUUGGGCUUGGCUUUUUUGUCUUUACCAUCAUUAUUGUUCUUGAAAUCUUUGGUUCUCCCUUUAUGCGGAAUAGUCAGGUUAUGAUCGGUCUCAUCGCUGGGAUUAUCUUGGCUGCAUCACUCGGGUAUAUGAACAAGGACAUCAUUGAUGCGGCCCCAAACCUAACUUUUCCACUAGUACGACGGUUCAGGCUUGGGUUCUAUGGACCAGCAAUCAUUCCAGUCCUUCUUGGAUAUCUAGUGUCUACAGUCGAGACUUUAGGCGACAUUGCGGCAUCGUCGGAGGCGUCGCGGGUUGCGACACAGGGCCCGGAAUUCGAAUCUCGAAUUCAAGGAGGCCUCCUUGCUGACGGUCUCAACUCUCUUUUGGCUGGACUGCUGACAUCAUCUCCCACAACGACGUUUUCUCAGAACAAUGGCGUCAUUGUAAUGACGCGCACAGCCAAUACCACCGCUGGCCUCUGGGCGGCUGGAUGGUUGAUCUUAGCUGGGAUUAUUGGCAAGGUCGGCGGCGUUUUUGUAGCGUUGCCUGAUGCUGCAUUAGGUGGCAUGACAACCUUUCUCUUUGCAAAUGUUGCGGUGUCUGGUGUGCGAAUCUUAUCGCAGCUGCAAUGGGACCGUCGAGAGCGAUUCAUUCUCGCAAUCUCACUUAGCCUCGGGCUUGGCGUUGUAGUUGUACCGGGGGCAUUCAUACAUUUCAUUCCGGACACAGAAAACUCGUUUGCAAAUGCAUUGCGCGAAGGCGUUCUUAUAAUCUUGACAACGGGGUACUCGAUUGCUGCUUUGUUGGCUAUGUUGCUGAACUUCAUCAUCCCGAAAGAGGACGAGGCAGUUUCAGCGAGCGAGUAUUCAAAUGCCGCCAAAGUUAAGGAUCUUUCGCUGGAGGAGGUCAUUGCGGAUCCCACGGAAGCGAGAAAGUCUACAUAAAGGGGCGAUAGACAAGCAAAAAGCUUCACUGAAUAGCAAGCACACGAGGAGUUGAGGCGUCAUAUCCAACAUACGUUGAUGGGGGAGAGGGAGGAAUUGAUUUUAUUCAGCGCAGCGUUUCUGAACAAUAAUCGUUCGGGGAAUGCGAAUCGAUCCACUGCAUACUAUUUCAUGAUCAGUAAACAGACUCCAAGCCA